AGGCUGGUGUCAGAGGAAGGGGGUAGCUGGAGGAGGGCAGGUCUCUGUCACAGGGGGCGGAAUAGGACAGGAAGCCUGCAGGCAUUACACUGGUUUAUAAUAAGAGCGUGUGCGAGGCAGCGUGCUACAUACACAGUGCCAGGAGAGCAUACUGCCGGCUGCAGCUUCCUCCAGUCUACUCUGUAACCACUCACCCCAUAGCACUCCGCUUCCAGCAUGAAGGUGGCAGCAGACGAACCCCAGGCUAAGAAGCAGAAACUGGAAGAGAAAGAGCCCAGUGAGAAUACCUUAUUUGGCAUGGGGAACCCCCUCCUGGAUAUCUGUGCAGUGGUGGACAAAGAUUUUCUCGAUAAAUAUGGCUUGAAGGCAAACGAUCAAAUCCUGGCUGAAGAAAAACAUAAAGAGCUAUUCGAGGAACUUGUCAAAAGGUUCAACGUAGAUUAUCACGCUGGCGGCUCUACGCAAAACUCUGUUAAAGUUGCCCAGUGGAUGAUACAGAAGCCUCAUAAAGUGGCAACAUUUUUUGGUUGCAUCGGCACAGACAAGUUUGGCGAGAUCUUAAAAAAGAAGGCAGAGGAAGCCCACGUGGAUGCCCAUUACUACGAGCAGACCGAGCAGCCAACGGGAACAUGUGCUGCCUGCAUUACCGGUGACAACAGGGAUAUAAGCAGCAUGCUCAUCAAUGCCCCAUGUGUUUCCAGGUCUCUGGUAGCAAACUUGGCUGCUGCUAAUUGCUACGACAAAACAAAGCACCUCGACUUGAAAGAAAACUGGCAGCUGGUAGAAAAAGCCAAAGUUUACUAUAUUGCGGGUUUCUUCCUCACUGUGUCCCCUGAGUCCAUCCUUAAAGUGGCCACCCAGUCUUCUGAGAACAACAAGAUAUUCUGCAUGAAUUUGUCUGCCCCGUUCAUCAGCCAGUUCUACAAGGAGCCCCUAAUGAAAGCCAUGCCAUACGUGGACAUCUUAUUUGGCAAUGAAACUGAAGCUGCAGCAUUUGCUCGGGAACAAGGCUUUGAGACAGAAGAUAUUAAGGAAAUUGCAAGAAAGGCGCAGGCUCUUCCAAAGGACAACACAAAAAGGCCAAGGAUUGUUGUAUUUACCCAGGGGCAUGAAGACACUAUCAUGGCCACAGAAAAUGAGGUUGUGUCCUUCCCUGUAAUAGAAAUUGACCAGAGCAAAAUAGUGGACACCAAUGGGGCUGGGGAUGCAUUUGUUGGAGGCUUCCUGUCUCAGCUGGUAUAUGAAAAACCCUUGGAAGAAUGUAUUCGUGCUGGCCAUUACUCUGCCAAUGUAGUCAUCAAACGGGCCGGCUGCACUUUGCCUGAGAAACCAGACUUCAAAUAAUGCACAAGACAAGACCUAGAUGAGAGAAGCUACCAGGGGGUCCCCUCUUCCUUUCCCCACCCCUCCUUCCCAUCUCCUACCUGAACAUUAAAGGAAUUGAACUCUGCUCCUGUCGCCUCCUAAACUGUAACCUCCCCCACUCACUACCUCUGCUCCGAAGACACUUGUUCAGUAUUUUGGGGAGGGCAGCUUUAAGUCAUUUACAACUGUAACUUGGCACAUAGAAGUUAGGUUAUCAGCAAGUAAUAUAAUGCACAUCUCCAGAAGAACUCCCACACUGCAAACAAAGCAGUGCCAGUCCUUUAUAGAACUGUAGCUAAACGAACUCACAGGCCAGUAGCAUAAAGGGGAGAAGCCAACUGCAUAUAUUGAUAGGCCUGCAUAUCUCUGGAUGCGUUUGCAUCUUGAGAUCUCUUGCUUGAGAGUUUUAAGUAGAAAACAAAAUCCCCUAAUUCUUCAAAUUCCAAAACACAAAUGGAAAUGGAAACCUACUGGAUUUUCAGGAACAAUAGUGUAACUAAGCACGUUUGUUUAUUUAUGGUACAGUUGAUUAAAAGAGCCCUAUAUAUACCUGCUUUAUAAGUACGUAUGUUUCACCAUUAUAAAUAAUAAUGUAAAAGUGUAAUUGUGACUUAAUUGUAAUGGUUUUACUAGGUCAUUCUCGCCAACAUGAAUAAUAUACAGGGGCUGUGAUACUAGCGGAAACCUCCUAAAGUUGUAUCACCUGCUGGGAAUCAAAUUUCGGUUUCCCCCUUCCAGACACAGGGAUGAAUGGGGAAAGUAUGUGCCCUUUCAUGGAGCAGAAAUGCAUUUUCAUCCCUUACCUCUCCUGCCUGCUCGUAGGCAUAAUGCUGAGCAGAGAUGUGCGCCUCAAACUGCUGCUGCUGUGUUACCCCUCUGUGAGCGCCCUCUGAUGGCUGGGCAGCAGAAGCCAGUAAUAAUAUUUGUAAUCUUCACGUCUAGACAAAUUCUCUAUUUCAGUACCUUCUGUGUAAGCUAUAUAUAAAUAUUCUUUCUUUUUUUUUUUUAUUUAAUGGUGCACAAGCCAACAUAAUCAGGUACAGUUAUUAAGAGCUGUUUUGGUUUGUUACGAUAGGCCAAAAUAAAUUCUUAACCCGUCACCCGCUAUAGGGAUCACUGCAGAGCAUUAUUAUUAAUUAAUGCUUUGUAGGCCUCCGUUGAAUUAAACGGUAAAACGCACAGUUUAAUCUUUGGAAGGAAGUUCAGUCUAUUUUAAAUUUAAUUUUUUAUUUUGUUUUUCUUUUUUUAUUGCUGUUCAACAUAAACAAUAUCUCUGUGAUAUGUUCAUAUAAUGUGUAAUUUGAUACUGACAAAUAAAAAGCUGACUUCUGUUA